UUCCACUGCCAAAAACUUUCUUCACCUCAAUGGGAGAGUGGGCAGCUGUCCACCAAUAAGAUGUCAGUGCAAGUGAAGGAGGGAAUCACUAGGCUGAACAACCAAAACAAGCUUGCCAGAGAGACACUAAAAAUGCAGGAGUAACCUAACCAUCAGUUGUGAAGGCACUGGGCAGCUCAGCAGCACCCAAACACAACAUCUAACCAAGUGGUGACUGGUUCUUCAGAGGGAAUAGGAAGAGCAUAUGCAUUUGCACUAGCUCAGCGGGGAAUGAACAUUGUAGUCAUGAGCAGAACCAAAACAAAACUGGAUCAAGUGGCUAAAGAGAUAGGAGAAGCCACAGGGCAGAGGGUGAAAGUGAUAGCAACAGAUUUUACCAAAGAAAAUAUCUUUAGUGAAAUUGAAGAGCAACUGAAGGACCUCAACAUAGGAGUUUUAGUCAACAAUGUAGGAACGCUGCCUUGCUUCAUUCCCUACAGAUUCCUUGAGAAUGAUGAGCUGGACAAGACAAUUACCAAAGUGAUAAACUGCAAUGUGAAGACGAUGGCCAAGAUGUGCAAAAUUAUUCUCCCAGGCAUGGCAAACAGAGGGAAAGGGAUGAUAUUGAAUGUUUCUUCUGGAAUUGCUUCUAUCCCAUUUCCCAUGUACACCCUGUAUGCUGCAUCAAAGGUGUUUGUGGAAAGAUUUUCUCAAGGUCUACAAGCUGAAUACAAAGAUAAGGGGAUUAUUAUCCAGUCAGUGGCUCCAUUCGGGGUAUCCACUCGAAUGGCUGGGUUCCAAAAAGCUACCAUGAUAACUUUUUCACCAGAAGACUUUGUAAAAUAUUCACUGCAGUACGUCAGCGCUGGAGACAAAACAAAUGGAAGCAUCUGUCAUACAGUUCUGGGCUGGUUGCUGCAGACUAUUCCACUUAAGAUUCUCUAUGCAGAACCUAUGAUGCAAGGCUUACAAGACUACGCCAAGCAAAAUCGAAUGCAGGCUGGAUUGGUCUAAAUCAAAAUCCAUGUGUGACAGACAUGCUGGUGUGCUUCAGAUCAUAAGUUCUUCUCCCCUUGCUUUUCUUUUUCCAUCAACAGAUUAAUCUUGGUUUCAUCUGUCCGAAGACUGAUAUUUUUUUUUGUGGAGCUAUGCAGGUUCGUUUAGAUGCUUUCUGGGAAAGUCUAAUCAGGUUUUCUUGUUCUUGACUGUAAACAGCGAUUUGCAUCUUGCUAUAAACCCUCUGUAUUUAUGUUCAUGAAGGCAUGUCUUGAUUGUAGACUUAGACGCACCUACCACCUUGAGAGUGUUCUCGACCUGGGUUGAUGUUGAAAAGGUUUCUUUCUUCCUUUUUUUUGUUUAACCAUCAAAAUGAUUCUGCCAUCGCCUACUUUUGUAAUCUUUGUGUGGUCUUUCAGGCAUUUUGGUGUUCUUGAGCCGGUCAGUGUUUGGUCACUCCUGAAGUUUUUGCUAUCUCUCGGAUGAUUUUGUUUUUUUUUUUUCAGUCUAUGGCCUCCCUUACUUGUACUGACAUCUUUGAAAUUCCAGUGAACAGUUACUAAAUCCACAUUCAACACUCAGAAUCCGCUUCAGAAUAACACUGGAAAAGGCCUCGCCUGCCCAAUUAAUUUUUACAGUUGACUGACAAAACUGGUUGUGUACUAAAAAAAAAAAAAGUUAUAACAUCUACACAGUUAAUGCAUUGCCUUUGUCAAACAGCCCCUGAAUUAAAGGUGAAAGUCUGCACUUCCAUCACAUCUUAAUUGUUUGAUUUAAAAUCCACUGUCAUGGUGUAUAGAGGCAAAAUUGUCUCACUGUCCAAAUACUUAUGGAACUAACUGUAUUAAUAUGAAUGCAGUAGUACUGUCUGAACUGUUUCCAUGUAAAACACACAUGUCUAUAAAUUACAUUCUUAAUUUAAUCUCCACGUCUUCAUCUUAUAGGGACUGAUGCAUGUUGUUUGUUCACUCAAAUAAAUGAAAUAUCACCAUUGUUGGUUUUAAACAAUAUUGUUACUGAACAAAUGGUGCUUUUCAAGUUUACUUGAGUAAUUAGUGUUAUUUCAUGUAAUACUGUGCACUCAAAAACAAGCUUUUCAAUUUGCUUUAAAAAAAAAACCCUCAGGCCAAGUUAUUCCACCCAAAUGCAAAGUAACUGUUAACUUGCCAAAGCACUGCUUUUUGUUGUAAUCAGACUAUUACUUAUUUAUGAGUGUUCUUGUCGUGUUUCUCCUUCUUUGCACCUUCAGUUUUACGGUUCAGAUAUAAAUCUCUUACUCCACACAGUUAAUAAUUCUGAUGCAAUUCAAGGUUAAAAUUUACAUAACUUUCUCAUACGUGACUAAGCACUGAUAGCAGUGACAAAUGUGUGUGUGUGUGUGUGUGUCUACAUAUCUUGUAGAGAUAUGAGUAAUAAAAAUAAUAAUGACACCUUAUCUGCUAAACGGAAGGACCUGUCUUGUUCCAUUAAUUCACUCCUACACAUCCGUACGCACACACACACACACACACACACACACACACACACACACACACACACACACACACACACACACACACACACACACACACACACACACACACACACUUUUAACUGUCAUUAGCAUCCUCUAUUCUCCUCUGAGAUCAAGAAAACAUUUGCUCGCGUGAUGGGAAGACGCAAUCAUCUCAGAAUCAGACUCUUUUCUAAUCCACAGCAGGAGUUCGGGACAGAGACUUAUCAGCUUCUACCUGCAUCCUCAGAAAUUAGUUUGAAGGGUGUGCUGCAGACAGCAUGAUAUACAGUGUUUAAAGAAAACAAAACCUUCCCUCAUCUGUGUAUGUAUAUAUGCUGACACGCACAGCUGUUUUAAUUAGCAUGUGCUUCAGUGAUGUCUGACCUAAAAGGGUCACUAAUCACACGGAGACAGGGGUGUUUAGACAACCGUGAUGAAUGAUCCUCCCCAUGAGAGAUAGUGUCGGGAAUAAGAAAAAAGAAGGAGUGAGAAGGGGAGGAAGGUCAGAGUGACCCUGAGCUUAGACAGUCUAUUCCUAGUCUGAAUGUUUAAAAAAAAAGAAAGGAAAAUAAUGACCUGUUCACAAAUCAAAACUCUGUUCACUUCUCUUGGUAUCGAUCAAUGACUGUAGGAAACAUAUACACUGAUUGGUAUGGAUAUUCAUGGUAAGAGAAAAUCUCAGAAUCUGUGAGCUCAUCAGUUUAUCUGUAAUUGAUACAUAUGACUUUGGUUUUGUAAUAUAUUAAGACAGAAAAUCCUCGAUUUCCACUGUGUACAUUCACAGCAACUACAAAUAGUGUAGGAGCCAAACUCACGUCCACAAAGUCUUUUAAAAUUGUCAAAUUAUCAAAAAUGUAUUGCUGCCUGAUUGAUCAUCGCGAAUAAUGGCCGAUGGUAAAUCAAGUGUGUGGACGCUUUUAACGUAUUCCUACCUGAGCUGUUUGUUUUUGUUGCACAUCAUUGUUCAUGGUAAAGCUUCAAUCUAACUUGGCCUGGACUGCAGAUGUAAAUUAGCCGUGUUGUUUAAAUUUUUUAAUGUUUUUUUCUUUGGUUUAUGUAUAUUCGUUUACAUGUAUGAAAGGAAAGAAAAAAGAAAGGAGUAUUUAUCAUACCAACACAAACAGGGUGACACAAGAGUAACUAGUAAAUCAUACUUCAUGAAAAAUAAAGAUGUG